AACACAUGCAAAGUUGACUUUUAUUGUUUUAAAGCAGUGAGGUGGAAUAUCACGGUGACUUUCUGAUGAGAAGAUGUGUCAAACGCUGCUCUGUGUGUUGGGAUUAUUCUUGCUGAUUACACCCCUCUAUGGAAACACGGAAGAUAUCACUCCUCGUGUGUUCCUUAAAUCCAACUGGGAUCAGAUAUUCAGGGGUGAGACGAUCACUCUCAGGUGUGAAAUUGAGGGAAGUAGAGAAACUGAAUGGGAAUAUACAUGGAGAACACCCCAUGGGGACAAUAGGACAGAACACGCUGAGCACAAUAUUAGCAGCACCACUGGAGAAUACAGAUGUAUCGGCAGGAGGGUCCACCAACAAAAUUCCUACACACAAUGGAGUGAGCCCUUCAGACUGACAGUAACAGACAAACCACAGGCUCACCUUGAGAGUGAAGCAUUUCCAGCAGAAGGCUCAGUGACUCUGACCUGCAAAGUGAAGCCUCCAUCAUCUGGCUGGAGUUUCCUCUGGUACAGAGGAGAGAAAACCUCUAAAAUCCAGAUCACACAAGAUGAUCGUUAUUCCUCUAAUGGACAAAUCACAGUCAGACAAGGAGGACUGUACUGGUGCAGAGGAGUGAGAGGAAACCCACCUUACUACACUCUGUUCAGUGAUUCAGUCGUAACAAACAGGGCUGUUGUGUCUCUACAAACCCAGUGGACUGAGAUAUACAGAGGAGAGACAAUCACUCUCAGGUGUGAGAUUGAGGGAAGUAGAGACACUGAAUGGAGAUAUGAAUGGAGAACACCCCAUGGGGAUAAAUACACAACACACAAUGAGUACAGUAUUAGCAGUACCACCACAUCUGAUGAUGGAGAAUACAGAUGUAUCGGCAGGAGGGUCCACCAACAAAAUUCCUUCACACAAUGGAGUGAGCCCCUCAGACUGACAGUAACAGACAAACCACUGGCUCAGCUUGAGAGUGAAGCAUUUCCAGCAGAAGGCUCUGUGACUCUGACCUGCAAAGUGAAGCCUCCAUCAUCUGGCUGGAGUUUCCUCUGGUACAGAGGAGAGAAAACCUCUGAAAUCCAGAUCACACAAGAUGAUCGUUAUCCCUCUAAUGGACAAAUCACAGUCAAACAAGGAGGACUGUACUGGUGCAGAGGAGUGAGAGGAAACCCACCUUACUACACUCUGUUCAGUGAUUCAGUCGUAACAAACAGGGCUGUUGUGUCUCUACAAACCCAGUGGACUGAGAUAUACAGAGGAGAGACGAUCACACUGAGCUGUCAGAUUGUUGAUGGAGACGACAGAGAGUGGGAGUAUAAGUGGGAAACAACCAGCAGUGUUACUAUUCUUAAACACUCUGAACACUUCACUAUCAGUGUUACUGCUAACAACGAUGGAGACUACAAGUGUCGGGGAAAACCCAAAACUGAUCCUCAUUCCUCUACAGAGUGGAGCGCUCCAGUCACAGUGAGAGUGUCAGAACAACCAAAAGCUGAACUGAGAGCUGAUGUCAGAGAUAUUCCAGUAGGGGGCGAUGUGACCCUGACCUGCUCUGUGAGCUCAUCAUCUGGUUGGAGAUAUUACUAUUACUACAGACAGGAUAAAUCUUCAGGCUCUGUGCUGCUAAAUGCAGAUUUGUUUGGACAACUGCUUGUCUCAGAGGAGGGACUCUAUCAAUGCAGAGGACAGAGAGGAAAUCCACCCUACUACACAAAGGACAGUGAGGAAAUAAUGAUCAACAAAUAUAAUGCUAUCGAGGCUGUUUUGACUCUUCACCCCAACUGGUCAGAGGUGUACAGAGGAGAGACGAUCACUCUCAGAUGUGAGAUAAAGGAUGGAGCAAACACUGAGUGGGAGUAUGAGUGGGAAACAACAAGCUCAUACAAACCCUCAAAGCAGAAAGAGUAUAAUAUCACAUCUGUUUAUGGAUCCCACACUGGAAACUACAGCUGUAGGGGCAGGAGAAAAAGUGACAGGUCUUCAACCAAAUGGAGCCGUCCCAUCUCAUUGACAGUUUUAUCCAAUUCACAGAGGCCUAUCCUGACUGUGUCUCCAUCAUGGCUGAGUCCUGGAGACUCAGUGACUCUGAGCUGUGAUGUUAAACAUCCAUCAGCAGGAUGGAGAUUCUUCUGGUAUAACGCUAUUCCCAAACUAGCAGGUGAUUCCUACAACUAUGAGCUGCUGUCUGACAGCAGGAAUGGGACUGAGAAGCAUUCCUACAUUGUUCAUGGAGAGACGCACACAUCAGGAUAUGCAUGCAGAGCUGGACGAGGAGAUCCAGUGAAGUUCACUCAUUACAGUGAACCAAAGUUUGUCUGGUCUGGAGGUUUUCAUUCAGCAGCAUCUCUCACAGUGAGUCCUGACAGAGUUCAACACUUCAUCUCAGACUCAGUCUCACUGAUCUGUGUGGGGAACUCUUCUCAGUGGAGAGUGAAGAUGUUUGAUAAAGACAGCAGCCUGCAGGAUUGCUACUGGUGGGAUAAAAUGACUGGAUCUACAUGCACAAUUGAUAGAUACACAGAGAGAAAUCAUGUGUUCUGGUGUGAGUCUGGAUCAGGAGAGUUCAGCAAUGCUGUCAACAUCACUAAACAGAAUUAUGAUAUUAUCUUGGUGACUCCUGUCCAUCCAGUGACUGAGGGAGAUUCUGUUAGUUUAAGCUGCAAAGUAAGAUACACAGAAAAAGUGUCCAAGGUGUUCUUCUAUCAAAAUGACAAACUCAUCCAGAAUGACACCAGGAGAGAGCUGAAUAUUUCUGCUGUGUCAAAAUCAGACGAGGGUUUCUACAAGUGUCAAAUAUCAGGAGAAGAGUCAUCACAGAGUUGGAUGUCAGUUAAAGUCAUCAGCCGUACAGCAGUAUCCAGAUCUGAGGAGUUUCCAUUAACAGUAAUUCUGGUGAUUGUGGGGGUUAUUUGUGGAGUCGUGCUUUUAAUUCUCCUGUUGCUGUUGUACCGCUACAGGCAGUCCAAAGGUUCAUGUCUUUGCAGGCCAAUCAAGUUUCAGAGGACCAGCCAAAGCUCAGUCACAAACCCCCAGGAGGAGACUCAUGAUGAUGGAUACUACUCUUCUAUCAAAGAGGAGGUCUGUCAUUAUGAAACCAUCAAAGGCCCUGAAAACUCAGCACAUGGUGCAGACCAAUCCCAGGAUGUUACAUAUUCUUUGAUUGAGCUUAAAAACUUUGGAAAGCAGGGGAAGAAACCUGAGUUACAUGAGAACACUGUUUUUUCUGAUGCCAAGAUAGCACCAGCAGGUGGUAGGUGUGUCUAUGAAACCAUCAGAGUCUCUGAACACGGCACAGGAGAUGAUCAUAUAUACGAAUCAGUGGAAGGCUCUGAAGUUGCUCAAAUCGGUCUUUAAAGGAGUGGCUCUGACAGUGAAACGUACUGUUGUACAUUUGUACAUUUAACUCUGCUAUCCAGAUAUCAGACAUUUUCUGUGGUUUGUACAGUUGGUUUGUUUCAAGCUUAUUUAUUCUUUUUGCACAAAGUGUUUUUUUUUGUUAUUAGUAUUGUUUUACAAUGUUUUUCAUUUAUUUGUCAAGUGUUUGUGACAAACUUUGAGGACAUGUUGGUUCAGCAGAUCAGUAAUGCAGUUGCUUUUAUAUCUUUACUAGUGUUGACCUAAAAACAUAAAUCACAGUCAUCAAUGUCACAUUCACAUCUGUAAACAUCUGCUUUCAACCAGCAUAGCCUUUAAAAUGAUAGUUUUGUUUCCCAUCAAUAAUAAAGUCUUUUUUUAUUCGUUGGUGUUUUCCCUCUGUUAUAUUCGUCUUCAUUGAUUGUGUUAUUGUGUAAUGAAAUUAUUGCCAUUUCUGAA